GUAUACAUUGCCUUCGGUCGUCCUUAUGAAAACUUAGCAUCAGAAAGUCAGAAAGUUCGGAUCAUCAAACGUAUUAUUGGGUUUUGGGAACUUGGGAUAAGAUUAGUUUCCAUUUUCCACACUUCCCAAUUUCUCUGCGAAGCUUUUAACGUCAUCACUCAUCAUCAACCUCCCCAUCUCUCUCUCUCUCGCUCCCUCUUUUCAUUUAUUUUUCGCCGAUCAGAUCAAAUUCUAAAAAUACACGAUGCAGCCUAGCUCAGGAGAAAACGUGAAUCAACGGAUUGCUAGAAUCUCCGCUCAUCUCGACCCUCCAAAUCUCCAUAUGGAUAACACUGCCAGUGUCAGCCGCUUGAAUUGCCGCGCCAAGGGCGCCGCCGCCGGUUUCAGAGUAGCCAUACUCGGAGCAGCAGGCGGCAUAGGACAGCCUCUCGCCAUGCUGAUGAAGAUGAACCCGUUGGUCUCCGUCCUCCAUCUGUACGACGUCGUGAACACCCCUGGCGUCACCUCCGAUAUCAGCCACAUGGACACCGGCGCCGUCGUGCGUGGAUUUUUGGGGCAGCAGCAGCUGGAGGAAGCGCUGACCGGAGUUGAUUUGGUGAUCAUUCCAGCCGGCGUGCCCCGAAAACCGGGCAUGACAAGGGACGAUUUGUUUAAUAUCAAUGCCGGAAUCGUCAGGACGCUUAGUGAAGCAAUCGCUAAGUGCUGUCCAAACGCCAUUGUCAACGUGAUUAGCAACCCUGUGAACUCCACUGUUCCCAUUGCAGCUGAAGUUUUCAAAAAAGCUGGCACCUUUGAUCCUAAGAAGUUAUUGGGUGUCACCAUGCUUGAUGUUGUUAGAGCCAAUACUUUUGUGGCAGAGGUUCUGGGGCUUGAUCCUAGGGACGUUAAUGUGCCUGUUGUUGGGGGUCAUGCAGGGGUUACAAUUUUGCCUCUUUUGUCUCAGGUUAAGCCUCCAUGCUCUUUCACCCCAAAAGAAGUUGAUUACCUAACACAUCGCAUUCAGAAUGGUGGAACUGAGGUUGUUGAGGCCAAAGCUGGAGCUGGUUCUGCAACAUUAUCAAUGGCAUAUGCUGCUGUUAAAUUUGCAGACGCAUGCCUCCGUGGCUUGCGAGGAGAUGCCAGCGUUGUUGAAUGUGCAUUUGUGGCUUCUCAGGUGACUGAACUUCCCUUCUUUGCAUCCCAGGUACGGCUUGGCCGUAUUGGAGUUGAGGAAAUAUACCCUCUUGGCCCCCUGAAUGAGUACGAGAGGGCUGGCUUGGAGAAGGCAAAGAAAGAAUUAGAAUCAAGCAUUCAGAAGGGGGUUUCUUUCGUCAGAAAAUGAAGAGGUGCUGGUGACAACUUUAUGUUGGAGAUAAAGCCAUGUUAGAUGGUCCAUUAAUUCCUCAGGAUCACAGAGAUAAAAAUAAAAUAAACGGUGGGUAACCAGAUGCAAGCUGGGGCUCUUUACAACUCCUUGAUGUAGGGCAUGACACAAGGUUCUUGAGUUGUGUGGCAUAGCUUGUAUGGUUCUGGAAUUUAUUUUAUUUUCAUUUUAAUUUACUUUUUUUAGGGUUGAUCACUGAUCAUGUUUGGACGUUGGGCUGAGAUUAAUUACACAUGGACUCUGUAAAUAAGCUUGGGCAUA